AUGGUUUAUCUAUCAAUCUAUCUAUCUAUUUUCAAUCUCUUCAUAUCUAUCUAUCUAUCUAUCUCCAUCUAUCUUUACUUUUUCAAUCUCUUCUAUCUAUCUAUCUAUUCUAUUUUUUCAUCUGUCUAUCUAUCUUCUCGAUCUAUCUAUCUUAAUCUAUCUAUCUAUCUGAUGGUUUAUCUAUCAAUCUAUCUAUCUAUUUUCAUCUCUUCAUCAUCUAUCUAUCUAUCUAUCUAUCUCAUCAAUCUAUCUAUCUUUUUUCAAUCUCUUCAUUAUCAUCUAUCCAUCCAUCUAUCUAUCUGUCUAUCUAUCCAUCUGACGGUUUAUCUACCAAUCUAUCUAUCUAUUUUCAACUUCAUCAUCGAUCUAUCGAUCCAUAUCUCAAUCCAUUCCAUCCAUCCAUCCAUCCAUCCAUCCAUCUAUCCAUCCAUCCAUCUGUUUAUACCUAUCCAUCUACCUAUCUAUCUAUCCGAUCCAUCUAUCCAUCAUUUCUAUCUAUCCAUUAUCUUCCAUCCAUCCAUCUAUCUAUCAUCUUUAACUCUGACAUCUAUCUAUUUUAUCUAUCCAUCCAUCUAUUCCCAUCUAUCCAUCCAUCCAUCUAUCCAUCCAUCUAUCCAUUUAUCUUCCAAUCCAUCUAUCUAUUUUUUAAUCUCUUCAUCUAUCGAUCAAUCUAUCUAUCUAAUUUUAACUUUCAUGUAUGAUCUCAUCUAUCUAUCUAUCUAUCUAUCCAUCCAUCCAUGGCUUAUCUAUCAAUCCAUCUAUCUAUUUUCAAUCUCUUCAUUAUAUUUAUCUAUCCAUCUAUCUAUCCAUCUAAUCUAUCUAUCUAUCUAUCUGGUUUAUCUACCAAUCUAUCUGUCUAUUUUAAUCUCUUCAUAUCGAUCAAUCUAUUCUAAUUUUUCCUAUCUAUCUAUCUAUCUAUCUAUCUAUCUAUCUAUCUAUCUAUCUGAUGCAAUCUAUCUAUCUAUUUUAAUCUCCAUCAUAUCGAUCAAUCCAUUCAUCCAUUUUUUCACAUCUAUCUAUCUAUCUAUCUAUCUAUCUAUCUAUCUAUCUAUCUAUCUAUCUCUAUCUAUCUAUUAUCUAUCCAUCUAUCUAUCUAUCUUUCAAUCUCUAUCAUUAUCUAUCCAUCUGAUCUAUUCUAUCUAUCUAUCUAUCUAUCCGACGGUUUAUCCACCAAUCCAUCUAUCUAUUUUUAAUUCUCUUCAUAUCGAUUCAAUCUAUUCUAAUUUUUCAUAUUCAUCUAUCUAUCUAUCUAUCUAUCUAUCUAUCUAUCUGAUAGGUUUAUCUAUCAACUAUCUAUCUAUUUUCAAUCUCCAUCCAUUCAUCAUCUAUUCAUCUAUCUAUCUAUCUAUCUAUCUAUCUAUCUAUCUAUCUGACGGUUUAUCUAUCCAAUCUAUCUAUCUAUCUUUUCAUCCCCUUCAUAUCGAUCAAUCUAUUCUAAUUUUUCAUCUAUCUAUCUAUCUAUCUAUCUAUCUAUCUGAUGGUUUAUCUAUCAAUUCAUAUCAUCUAUUAUCUAUCUAUCUCAUUAACUAUCUAUCUAUCCAUCUAUCUAUCUAUCUAUCUAUCUAUCUAUCUCAUCUAUCUAUCCAUCUAUCUACCAAUUCAUACCAAUCCAUAUCUAUCUAUUUUUACAUCGAUCUCUUCAUCGAUAAUCCAUUCCAUUUUUCAUCUAUCUAUCUAUCUAUCUAUCAUCAUCUAUCAUAUCUAUCUGAUGGUUAUCUAUCAAUCCAUCUAUAUCUAUUUUCAAUCUCUUCAUUAACCAUCUAUCUAUCUGUCUAUCUAUCUAUCUAUCUAUCUAUCUGA